CCCAUGCCACAGACACACACAGGCACACCCCAGACCAGGCUCACAGCCACUCGGUGGGAUACUCCACUGCUCCACACGCCCAGGAGGGCUAAAGCCACGCUUCAAGCCUUGGCUAUGAACCAAACACCCAUUUGAGGCUGGGGUUUAACGAACUCCUUGGGAAACCAGCUGGAUGAAGUCUGGGGGGAUCUGGGAACCGCAUGGAUGGUCCCUUCUCCCCUUUCUUUGCAUGAAUCUCCUCUUCUAACGGUCCCCCUCCCCCAGAGGCACAUGCCCUGGGAUCUCUCAGAAACCCUUUGCUGGGAGAUGACCUUUAAAGAGCCUCGGGGGGCUCUGCAGCCAGCAAGCAGCCCCUGAAGCGGACCGUGUGUCAGGCGUCAUCUCCAGAGAGCCCAUGCAGAGCUUGUCCUGGGCACAGUAGAGCCAGAGGUCCGGGUUCUCCACGUGCCGGGUUGCUUUUUGGAUGUGAUUCUUUUUGUGUGUCAGUAGCUGCGCAAGGCGAAGAGCCCUCCUGGCUGGGGAGAGGGAGCCUGGCGUGAAUCAAUGCCUUCCUGGUGCUUCGGAAGAAGGGGAUUAAAGAGGAAAAAAGGGGAGGUCCAGCUCCGGGAGGCAGGUCAGCCCGACCCCAUGCUGGCCACACUGCUCCUGUCUCUACUGCCUGUCCUGGCCGAGAGCGCCAGCCUACAGCCAAUCCGAAUGAGUCAUCUGGGAGUGUGCCCCAACCAACUGAACCCCAACCUGUGGGUGGAUGCCCAGAGCACCUGCGAACGGGAGUGCCACACUGACCAGGACUGUGAAGGCUUUGAGAAGUGCUGCACCAAUGUCUGUGGCCUGCGGAGCUGUGUGGCUGCCCGCUAUGCCGACGACAGUGUCUCAUCCCUGGAGCUGGCGCAGGAGGCCUCGUGUGAGAGCUUUGUGUGCACCCAGCAGGGCUCAGACUGCGACAUCUGGGACGGGCAGCCCAUCUGCAAGUGCAAGGACAGGUGUGAGAAGGAGCCCAACUUCACAUGCGCCUCAGAUGGGCUCACGUAUUACAACAAGUGCUACAUGGAUGCAGAGGCCUGUAUCCGGGGCAUCAGCCUCAGCGUGGUGCCAUGCAAGUACAUCUUCACCUGGCCGAACACCAGCCCAGUGCCGCUGGAGACCACGGCUCACCCCACGCCCGGAGCCGCUGCUGAGGUGCCCAUCCCCCCAGCCCUCUACAACAAUCCCUUCCACCAGUCGGUCUAUGUGGGUGGCACCGUCAGCUUCCAUUGCGACGUGAGCGGGCGGCCCCGGCCAGACAUCACCUGGGAGAAGCAGAGCGACCACCAAGAGAACUUCAUCAUGCGGCCUGACCAGAUGUAUGGCAAUGUGGUGGUCACAAAUAUCGGCCAGCUGGUCAUCUACAACGCCCAGCUCGAAGACACCGGCAUCUACACCUGCACAGCCAGGAACUCCGCCGGCCUCCUCCGGGCCGACUUCCCCCUCUCCAUCAUCAAGAGAGAGCCCUCCGGGGUGGAGCCCAGGGCACCCAGCACCCAGCAGGUCCCAGCCACCGAGUGUCUGAAGGAGCCUGACAAGAGGGAAUGCGAGGCUCAGCAGGUGCGCUGGCAUUUUGACCCCAAGAAGGGGUCAUGCGCUACUUUCCGCUACGGUGGCUGCGGUGCCAACCAGAAUCACUUUGAGACCUACGAGGCGUGCCGCUUGGCCUGUGUCAGCAGCGCCGUCAACAUGUGCACCCUGCCCAUGGUGCAGGGGCCCUGCAAGAACUGGGAGGCCCGCUGGGCCUACAACCACCUGAUGAAGCAGUGCCACUCCUUCGUCUACGGCGGCUGCGAGGGCAAUGACAACAACUUUGAGAGCAAGGAGACCUGUGAGGACGCCUGCCCCUUCCCUAAGACCCUGCAGUGCAAGGCCUGCCGGCUCAAGAGCAAGAUGGUGCUAAGCCUGUGCCGCAGCGAUUUUGCCAUUGUGGGCCGGCUCAUGGAGAUCAUCGAGGACCAGGACUCUGGCAUCGCCCGCUUCGCCCUCGAGGACAUACUCAAGGAUGAGAAGAUGGGCCUCAAGUUCUUCAACAUCAAGUACCUGGAGGUCACCUUGAGCGACAUGGACUGGAGUUGCCCCUGCCCCAACAUGACCACAGAGGAUGGGCCCCUCAUUAUCAUGGGGGAGGUGCAUGACGGCAUGGCCGUUCUGGACCCCAACAGCUACGUCCGAGCUGCCAACGACAAGCGCGUGAAGAAGAUCUAUGAGCUGAUUGAGAAGAAAACCUGCGAGCUCCUCAACAGGUUCCAGGACUAGAGGUGCAGCCCAAGGAAGGGGAGAGUCAGGCUAAAUCAGGGGUUCUCAAAGGGGGAGUUGGGACCCCUCAGGGGGUCACAAGCGGUCAGCCUGCUCCCUGAACCCUGCUUUGCAUUCAGCAUUUAUAAUGGUGUUAAAUAUAUAAAAAAGUGUUUUUAAUUUAUAAGGGGGGGAGGGUGCACUCAGAGGUUUGCUCUGUGAAAGGGGUCACCAGUACAAAAGUGUGAGAGCCACAGGGCUAAAUAGACAGUCCCUGCCAUCCUCUCUUGAGCUAGUCACAGCUAUGAGCCUCCCAGGGGGCAAUCCCUGGGGGAGCUGCCUGCUCCCCAAACCCUCCCCCCUUGGGGUCAGUCGAGAUGCUCCCACAGAACUCCAUGGCCACCUCCACUGCCUGGUAUUUCUGCAUGUAACGGGUUGGUUUAAUUCCUAGACAGUGGUGGUGACGAGCCUGAUUCUAUCCAGACCUACCUCUGUCUGUCUGUCUGUCUAUCUUGUAAUUUAUCUGUCCACACAUCUUGCCCCAUGUACCCUUUUGAGGCCAGACUCUACCAAUAAAAGUGUG